UUAGAGUAGAAGAAGAAUGCUUGGCAGCUUCUGCACUGCACAUUACACCACCAUGUCCUUGUAGUUGUAUCCUGUGUUUACACGUCUGUGUCUUUCUGCCUGUCUGUGUUUGGUGUUUGAAGACACAUCGAAUAAACCGCUUCAUCGAAUCAUCUUGUGUCUUAACAACAGUAGGAUUCCUUAUUACAAGAAGUCAUGUUUCGAAGAAGACUUCCCUUCACACAGAUUGCCUUUGCAACACUGCUCGGAGUCGUUGGUGGUAUUUAUAUCUACAGACCUGUUUUUGAGCCUCAGCUGAACACGUCUGAACAAAACCAGGAUGUGCCAAAGAAACAGAAUGAAACAGACUAACAUAGUUCAUCACUCCCAGGAAACACGUCACAGAUGGAAGCCAGGAGAACUACGACAGAGGCUGCUGGACUGUCACAGCUGGGGGCUGAUGUAAAGACAAGACCAGCAUGGAUACAUUCAGGCCUUUUGUGUUCUUUGUGUGAUUGUUAAUGUACAAAAUAAAGUAUUUAACAGUUUGACCUCCUGAAUAAUCAUCUGUUUCUAAAUGAUGUGUGUCAAAGUUUCAUUAUACAUCUGUUUUAAUUUCCAAAGCUUACAAAGGGAAGAAAUUGCUCAAGUCUUUUUGCCUUACAGCUACCCUUAAUGCUGUAUGUUGAAUGUACUUUAUUAAAUAAAUGAAGUAAUUCAU